AUGGGAAACGUACUUGGACGAUCGCAGGUUUUUUAUAUUCCCGCUCAUGACAGCGACGACGACGACGAUGACGAUGAGGAUACGAGCGAUGAUGAGAGCUACGCACCCUAUGGCUGGCCACAGGCUCUUCGCGAUAUAUUCUGUGGUAUCCCGUUAAGUAGAGAAGAUAGGAGGGGCUCCUCGAGGUGGGAUGGCGCGAUUGUUGGGCUUAUACGGCGGCCAGAUUGUACGACCCGCGACCACUGGGCCUUGAAGUUCAGGUCCGAUGUCGAUGUAUCGAGUCUUCCACGACGGAUUCGUGGUUUUCGGACUCGUAUUCCUAGUCGAUGCGAGCGCAUAUGCUCGCCUAAAAAAUGGCGGCGCCGGCAACGGCGAGAACGACAACACCAAGAAUUCCAAGAACAACAACGAGCACAGCAGCAACGACAGGAACAGGAGUAUUUUGAAGCACAACAGGAACAAGAGACGGAAUGGGGAUCGGAAAUGGAGCCCAUACCAGAACCAGAACCAAUUGUACUGCAGCCGGUAUACCAGCCAUUAUUUGGACGGGGAUGGGCUCAGAGACAGGAGGAUGAGGAGGAGAAUCAGUCAGAAGAGGCACAACGAAGAGAAUUGGAGGAAGGAGAAGAUGGGCCAGUAGAAGAAUCACAAAAGGAGCCAGAAGAACAACGGGAAGAAAAUGGAGGGGAGCAAGAUUACCAAUUAGAUGCAUCAAGGUCAAUUAAUAGCGGUGCCUCGCGAGCGACGCAUUCCGCGAACUAGCUACAUGGUUUCUAACAAUACAAUACAAUUUCAGUGCCAGCGCAGGACGGCCAGAGUUUCGUUGACGGUAGAGUGUGAAGAGCUAGAGCCCUUGCGCAAAGGGCGAAAACUCAUCAAGAUGUUUCGGAUGAACCAAUGUACCAUUCUCGGAUACAGAAUGCAACCUUCUCAAACACAAAGUGUACCCUUCUCAGAUCCCUAGGUGUUCUUUAUAGAAAAUACGUAUCGCCUUAAGGGGUAUCCAGAGCGCCGUUAGCUCAGACUGAACAAUACCAAACGGUAUACAGUCGAGA